AUGCUCCUCCAAUUCUACGGCGGGUACUUCUCGGCCGAUGGUGGCCGGCGGAGUGGGGGCGAGUCCGGCCAUGAUCUGAAGAGGGCGGUGUCGUUCGCUCCCAUGGCGAUGCACACGACCGAGUCCGAGGACGUGAUCAGUCUGCAUGGGUCGCUAGUGUUCGUGGAUCCCUAUGUGAGUGCGAUCUUUGGGAAGCCGAAGAACCGGAGAUUGCGCGAAUUUCACGUCCGCGGGCCGAGAAUCCCCGUCAGGCGGGGUACGGUGAAGUUCGGGCUUAAUGGGUACUGGUCUCAAUCUUCAGGUAAGCUUUGCAUGGUCGGAUCCGGCGUGUUUUUCAACCGUAGUUUCCAUGCCGUUUUCAAGCUGAAUUAUCCGCUGCAAUCGAGUAUUAACAGUAGUUUUGUUAGUGGGGUUUUGGAGAGCUUGGACGGUGGUGAUGGUGCUGGUGGUGCAGAUCAUUUUGGGACUGUAUCUGUACUGGCUUUGAGAAGUGGAAGUGUCGAUUAUGAGUAUAGUUUGAUAGAGAAGGAGGGAGGGAUUGGGUCUUUUGAUAAAUUUGAUGAUGGUAAAGGAGAUAAUUUGUCUAGUGAGAAACUGGGGCAAGGUUUGUGCUUGGCCUUGACUCGGAAUUUGGCCUUUGACUUGGAAUACAAGAUUGUUUGUGGUGGUGGUAAGUGCAACCCUCUUGGCACGGAUGUCGGGUUUUUACCCAAGGCCAUGAGCUUCACUGUGAUUCGAUGUUUGGAGGAGGGUAAGAUGCAGUUGUUAUUGAAGUUUCAAAAUGUCACCAAUGUUUAUUAUGGCUACCAUAAUUUCGAUCCUAGCACUACCCUAAUCGGUGAAGGAGAAUGGGAUUUGAAGGCCAAUAGGUGGUGUGCUGUUGCUUGCCGAAUCUUGAACUUUUCAAUGUCUUUGACUGAUGCUUUCGCAGGAAAUUGCUCGAUAAAGUUGUGCUGGAGAUUCCCUGCCACCUUUUCUGUUAUAAACCGGUAUCCAGUUGUAGGAUGGAUGUGGAGCAAUGAAACUGUAAAGGAUUCCGGUUAUUUUGAUAAGAUCAAAUUUCGGGGUCACAAUGAUGCAUUACCAGGUGUCAAGUAUGAGUAUGGAGUGAGGGGGAGUGCUAAACCUUGUGAGUCAAAGGCUGGGAAGCAUAAGGGAAAGAGAUAUCCAAAUUCGUACUCAUCGGAUAUGAGAUUUGACAUGUCAAUCAAGUUUACGAAGGGGCAGAUAGCUUUUGGUUAUUCUUCUCCACUAUUUGUGGGUGAUAAACGUUUCAAUUCACAUCUUUAUAAUGGCAGUUACAUGCUUACAGCACAUCAAACAGAGAAUGCAGUUCAGCUGGACAGCACCCACGGUCUCUUGCAGAACAUCAGUUACACGAUACGCUUCAAACCUCACGAUAAUUUUGAGCUAGGUGGCGAAAAUCUUUCAUCCAAAGCAGUUGUUAUUUUUGCAGAAGGAACAUAUAAUAAUGAAACUGGUCUUUUGUGCAUGAUGGGCUGUCGCCAUGUCACACAAAGUGGGGCAGAAGUGUAUGGCUCAAUGGACUGUGAGAUUCAGAUCAACAUCCAGUUGCGUCCAUUGACUGGGAAAGCAAAUGAGAAAAUCAAGGGGACUAUUAAAAGCACUAGAGGGAAAUCGGAUCCUCUUUACUUUGAUUCACUGGACCUAGCUUCAAGUUCAAUGUAUGUAGAACAAGCCGAUGAGUCCAUCUGGAGGAUGGACUUGGAGAUCGUGAUGGUUCUUGUUUCUAAUACUCUUGCAUGUGUUUUUGUGGGCUUACAGCUUUUCCACGUGAAAAAGCAACCAGAGGUGCUUCCUUUCAUUUCCAUCACUAUGCUGAUUGGUCUUACUCUAGGACAUAUGAUUCCUCUCCUGUUAAACUUUGAAGCACUCGUGACAAACCAUAAUAGGCAGAGCAUUUUUCUCGGGAGCGGUGGGUGGCUUGAAGUCAAUGAAGUAAUUGUAAGGGUGGUUACUAUGGUAGCUUUCCUUUUGGAGCUUUAUCUUCUCCGCAUGACUUGGUCUGCAAGACAUGAUGAUGACAAACCCAAGGGCUUGUGGGUGGCUGAGAAAAAGGUCAUCUUUGUAUCUCUACCAAUGUAUAUCGGCGGUGGGUUGAUAGCUUGGUUCAUUCACCAAUGGAGGAAUUCUCACAGAAGUCCUUUUCUACGCCGAGGCCGUAUCAGUUACCAGCAAGUUUUAUUUUGGGGGGACCUUAAAUCUUACGCAGGAUUGGUCCUGGACGGUUUUCUACUCCCUCAGCUCCUGUUCAACUUAUUCUUCGACUCUUCUGUAGAAGCAUUAUCUCGUUCUUAUUAUGUUGGGACCACAAUAGUCCAUUUAGUACCCCAUGCUUAUGAUCUUUACAGGGCUCACAAUUCUGGCUGGAACCUCGAUCCGUCUUAUAUAUACGCAAACCAUAGGAUGGAUUUUUACUCCCCUGCCUGGGACAUUAUCAUUCCUUUUGGGGGUUUGCUGUUUGCUGUUUUCAUCUACCUACAGCAGCGAUUUGGAGGCCGGUGUAUUCUUCCCAAGAGGUUUAGGGGGACUCCUGUGUAUGAGAAAGUGCCGACAGUAGGCACUAUUGAAUUAUGA